AAGGCCAUAUAAAAAGAAAGUGAAAAAUAAUCAAUAAAUAAAACAAACGACGAAAUUCCAUUCCAGUCCCCACUCAAACCACAACUCAAAAGUUGUUUCUCUUCUUAGCGUUUCAUAAGCUCUCGCUGUUACAAAUUUCUUCAGAUUGUUCCAGAAACCCUUCAAAACCCUCUCUUCCUCUUCUGGAUCGCGCUUCGUUAGAUAUUGAUUUUGUCUUUGAGAUCAACCAAAGAUGAGUGUGGUCGGUUUUGAUUUCGGUAAUGAGAGCUGCAUUGUUGCCGUUGCAAGGCAGAGAGGGAUUGAUGUCGUGCUUAACGAUGAGUCCAAGCGUGAAACUCCAGCAAUUGUGUGUUUUGGUGACAAACAACGGUUUAUUGGGACUGCUGGAGCUGCUUCAACUAUGAUGAAUCCGAAAAAUUCAAUCUCGCAAAUUAAGAGAUUGAUUGGUAAAAAAUUUGCUGAUCCAGAACUGCAGAGGGAUUUGAAGUCAUUACCUUUUAAUGUCACUGAAGGACCUGAUGGAUAUCCAUUGAUUCAUGCACGUUAUCUGGGUGAAUCUAGAGAAUUCACAGCUACUCAAGUCUUUGGGAUGAUGUUGUCGAAUCUUAAAGAAAUAGCCCAGAAAAAUCUAAAUGCGGCUGUUGUUGAUUGCUGCAUUGGAAUUCCAGUCUACUUUACCGAUCUUCAGAGGAGAUCUGUAUUGGAUGCAGCCACUAUUGCAGGUUUGCACCCGCUUCACUUGAUUCAUGAGACAACAGCAACUGCCUUGGCUUAUGGAAUUUAUAAGACUGAUCUUCCGGAAAAUGAAUGGCUGAAUGUUGCCUUCGUUGAUGUUGGGCAUGCUAGCAUGCAAGUUUGCAUUGCCGGAUUUAAAAAGGGGCAGCUGCAUGUACUGUCCCAUUCGUACGAUAGGUCCCUGGGUGGUAGGGAUUUUGAUGAGGCUCUGUUCCAUCAUUUUGCUGCCAAAUUUAAGGAGGAAUAUAAGAUUGAUGUUUACCAGAAUGCCAGGGCUUGUCUGAGGUUGAGGGCUGCUUGUGAGAAGCUGAAGAAGGUCCUUAGUGCAAAUCCAGAGGCACCUCUGAACAUCGAGUGCUUAAUGGAUGAGAAGGAUGUGAGGGGAUUUAUCAAGCGUGAUGAUUUUGAGCAACUAUCUCUUCCAAUCUUGGAGCGUGUGAAGGGACCUUUGGAGAAGGCACUUGCAGAAGCAGGUCUUACGGUUGAGAACAUCCACAUGGUUGAGGUGGUUGGUUCCGGUUCCCGUGUACCAGCUAUCAACAAAAUUUUGACAGAGUUCUUCAAAAAGGAACCUAGGCGGACUAUGAAUGCUAGCGAGUGUGUUGCCAGGGGUGCUGCAUUGCAGUGUGCAAUUCUUAGUCCAACUUUUAAAGUACGAGAGUUCCAGGUCAACGAAAGCUUCCCCUUUUCAGUUUCUCUUUCAUGGAAAUAUUCUGGUUCAGAUGCACCAGACAGUGAAUCAGACAAUAAGCAAAGUACCAUUGUUUUCCCAAAGGGAAAUCCCAUACCUAGUUCCAAGGUAUUGACAUUCUUCAGGACAGGAACCUUUUCUGUUGAUGUACAAUGUCAUGAUCUCAGUGAAACGCCUACGAAAAUCAGCACAUAUACUAUUGGCCCUUUCCAAACUAAAAACGGUGACAAGGGAAAGGUUAAAGCAAAAGUUCGUUUGAAUCUUCAUGGAAUUGUGUCUGUUGAGUCGGCAACACUCUUUGAAGAGGAAGAAAUUGAGGUUCCAGUUACCAAAGAAUUUGCUGAAGAAAAUGCUAAGAUGGAGACUGAUGAAGCUCCUGCUGAUGCUGCUGCACCACCUCCUAGCUCCAAUGACAACGAUGUUAAUAUGCAAGAUGCUAAGGCAACUGCUGAUACCCCUGGGGCUGAAAAUGGCUUGCCUGAUGCAGGAGAUAAGCCUGUGCAAAUGGAUACAGAUACCAAGGUUGAGGCUCCAAAGAAAAAAGUGAAGAAGACCAACAUUCCUGUUGCAGAGGUAGUUUAUGGUGCAAUGGCAACUGUUGAUGUUCAAAAGGCUGUAGAGAAGGAGUUUGAAAUGGCUCUGCAAGAUCGAGUGAUGGAGGAAACAAAAGACAAGAAAAAUGCAGUUGAGGCUUAUGUCUAUGACAUGAGAAAUAAGCUUAAUGACAAAUAUCAAGAGUUUGUCGUUGCUUCAGAGAGGGAUGGAUUUAUUACUAAACUUCAGGAGGUGGAAGAUUGGCUAUACGAGGAUGGUGAAGACGAAACCAAAGGUGUAUACAUUGCCAAGCUAGAAGAGCUCAAAAAGCAAGGGGAUCCAAUUGAAGAGCGCUACAAAGAGUACUCCGAUAGGGGUGAAGUAAUUGAUCAACUGGUCUAUUGUAUAAAUAGUUACAGAGAAGAUGCAAUGUCUAAUGAUCCCAAAUUUGAUCACAUCGACAUCACCGAGAAACAGAAGGUCUUAAAUGAAUGUGUAGAAGCUGAGAAUUGGCUCAGAGAGAAGAAGCAGCAACAAGACUCGCUUCCAAAAUUUGCCAACCCCGUCCUCUUGUCAGCUGAUAUAAGAAAAAAAGCUGAGGCUGUCGAUCGGUCCUGUAAGCCGAUUAUGACGAAACCAAAACCGAAGCCGGCCAAGCCAGCUACUCCAGAAACACCAACAACUCCACCUCCUCAGGAUGGUGAGCAGCAGCAACAACCAGAACAGCAACCUCGGGAGGAUGCUAAUGCUGGUAGUAAUGACAAUGCAGGGGACAAUGGUAAUCAAGUCCCACCAGUCUCUGGCGAACCAAUGGAGACUGACAAAUCAGAGAACACAGGCUCAGCCUAAUUUUUUUUGUUUAGUUUGCUAUGAAAUUCCUGAUAUGUUAGAGCUCUCUGUUGGAUUGUCACACAAGUUUAUUUAAUAUUGUGGUAUUUGGGGUCCUGGUUUUUUUCCUUCCAAAUCUAGUGUUCUAGGUUUUGAUUAUUUGUGUACCAUUACGUACUGGUGGAAGGAAUGACAAUGUCUUCCUCAUUAAAAUUAAAUGCUCCAGUUUUGCUUUUGUGUGGCAUUACAACUAACAGUUGUGUUUUAGGGCGAUUUUGUUUCAUUAAAGUAUUUUGAUGUGGAUCAGAUUAUCAGUCUGGUUAGUGGACAA